CGCCGACUCGAGUGAGUAUCGCCUUGCGCGCCGAGCUUAACAGACAGAAGAGCUUUUUAGCGUUUCAGCCUGAAACAAGCUUUCAGCAUCGCUUGAUCGUCAUCUGUUCAAACAGCGAACUCUCUUCUCGCGUUGGUGGGUUGUUUUCAUUCAAAAAGCAGGGAUUAAAUUUUGCGAUACGGGGAUGAUGAUGAGUGGACGAUGAUUUGUGCGGUGAUUUUAGUGAGAUCUCAUCUAUGGAUAUUACAUGCCUUUCGCAAAGGAUUCAAUUAAUAAUUGAAAAUACAGUAAUGCCAACAUGGCGGCGACUGACGCUCAAAUCACAGUGGCCGCUGCGCGAUGGGCCGACGAGGGCAGCUACCUUAGGGAGUUUGUCGCGAAGCACCAUCUGCCGGCAGUGGUGAAAAUCAUUAAGGGCCAAUAUGGUGGCCUGGGAGUACCCACGCUGCCUAGUCCGGGUCUGCAGUCCACCGCUUUACUCGUUUCAGUGGGGAAAAGGCAGAAAAUAGUUGCCCAAGCUGUGAAAAUUAAAGAGGGAAGAAGGCUGGUUUGCGUCGGACCUCGACUAGUGAUACCUGAAACUUACUCGGGCUACUUUGAGCUUUUAAGUGAAGAAGGUCGAGCUGUACGUUGCAUUGAGAGCGUAGCUGAAUUAGCUAGGCGGAAACCUGAGGAAGGUUGUUUGGUGCGCGAAACAAUUCGAGGAGUUCAAGCCAAGACUGAAGCGGAUGGUAUGGUGACUCCAGAAGGUGCCCGAACCAUUCCCGCUGGUGAAAUACUAGUCCCUACCGGUGAGGCUGUGUUGCCAGGGUCCAAAGGACGCUACCUAAAGUGCGUGGACACGCGCGGCGACACAAUCCUGCUGGGUCUCGAGCAACGCGGUAAAUUUUCUGCGUUAGCUCGCGAAGACAACAUCAGUGGAGUGCAUACGGCACGUAAUUUACUUAGCAAGAGGCUGCCGCUCACUGUGCGACUCGUGCACGGAACUGCGCCUCGAGGACUCAAAAGUCCCAGUCAUUUUGUGCCAGAACUUAGGUUAUUAUCUCUAUUUGAAGAAGAGCAUAUUUUCGCCCUUCCUCUUCAAAAGGAUUCUCAUAGCGUGACAGCGUUACCUUUAGCUGCUCCCCUGAAGCUAUUACGGACAAGAAAUGAAGAGCAGCUAAGGACCAUGUCAGAAUUUAGUCGAUUGGUAGAUAAAUGUAUGAAAUUAGUAACUGAAGUAGCUGAUAGAAUACAGGUUCUAGAUGGUAAGCUAGGCGAUUCGAAAAAACAAUCUCCAACUCAACCCACCGAACUCAAAAAUGGUUUCGUGUUACGUCGUAGUGCCUCAUCCGAUUCCGCUAAUCAUCGAACCAAACAUUCGCAUCAUCGAAAAGACGAAAACAGAAUUCCCGUCUACAGUAAAGAUUACGACGAAAUCGAUCAAAUCUACGAUUACGUUAGAGGAUUCGCACCGUUACCCAAAAACAUUCGGUCGCCAUUUUCUGACGCGUCGCCGUCUUUAACGUCCCAUAGUUCUACACCGUCACAUCCGGUGUCAGAUCUCACUAAACCUGAACCACCGCCUAUUGAAACAAUACCAACAAAGAAAUUACAAGCAGAAAAACGAAACAGAAAGUCCGCUUCGACGAUAAGAGAUAAAGAAACUCCCCCAAAGGUUCAUCAAGCACACCAGAAGACGCCUCCUGGAUUACCGAAGUUGUAUGUAAAAAAUGGGCAUUCGCAGAGGAGCAGGUUGUUGAGGCAGAAAAGUGCUUCUCCUAUGAAAGAGACCCCACCUAGUCCAAUUUCCAAGAGUGGGUCUCCAUUAUUUAAUAUUCGUUAUAAGUCGCUGAAUAAUUUACAGGCGAUGGAACUAGACGGUACUCUGGAUUCGAGUAAUUCCGGAGGUCGAGCCUCGGGUGAUUCCGGGACUGGUACCAAACAGCCUGAAAAACGAUCUCGUAAACUGUCGAGACCACGAAGUCUAACGAACUUGGUGUGGGAGGUCAGGGAACAUCCAGACAUUUCGAUGCCCCUGGUGGAUAAAUCCAAGAAAAUCGUUGAUCCGGCGGCCAUAGUGUAUAAUAAAAAACAUUCCAAGUAUUCUAUUAGUGGACACAAAAAUCGGGGAACCCUAUAUUUGUAAUUGUAGGGCCUGCAGGUGGGUGAAGGUAUCGCUUGGUACCGUUCCACAGCUUAGCUAUUUGUGAUUUGUAUAAUAUAAGAUUUUUUAAUGAGCACGUCUACUUCCACUUAUAAAGCUCACUUUGUAUUUUUUUUCCAAUAUUUGAUUGAACAAAUUUGAAAUUUUGCUCUUUUGAUUAGUCUUUCGAUAGCUCUGGAGGCCAUGCUAUAAAGAAAAAUAUUUCAUUAGUCCAUUUUAGAUUGAAUUGCUGAGAAGAAAAUGGACAUAACUCCAUUUUUGGGAAAAUCAAAGUCGCAUAGUUCCAUCGUUGAUCACAAUACAAUACGAAAAAAUUUAGUCUAGUUCAAGCGUCGACUUUUCAGCGUGAAAGGAAAGUAAAUCUCAUUUUGAACUGAAUGCAUUUUGCCAUUUUUAAGACAUUUUUAUUUUUAUCAUCUAUUGAUUGUUAAUAUUUGAGCCAUGUAACUUUAUAAUUUCAUUAUUAUUGAUGAGUGGUAGAUAAAAGAGAACAUUAUUAUUAUGUAAUCGUUAUUAUCUCUGAUUUGAAGACUACUGAAAUUACUACGUAUAUUUCACACGUCUAAUCCGACUUGAUUGUAUAUAUUCUGUAUUCGACUGAGAAUAAGAAUAGAUUCAAAUUAUUACUGGAAUAAACAGCACCUUUUAUCCGGUCAAAAAUGCCAUCUAAUCUCGUAACUAACGAUAUUUCCUAAUCCGGUUUUGGGUAUAGGUAUAGGUACCAUAAAUUUCAUAUACGCCGUUCAAUUUCUGUUUGGCAUCCCCUUUUUAUUAGAAAAACAUUUCAAUUAAACUAUCGUCAGCCUAAAGUCGUUCUCAUCUUCUCAUAUCACGUGAGUUUUUUCUGAGUUCAUUGAUUCAGCAAAAUAAUUUGCCUGUUCAUAAUCUCAUGAGUAUAACAUUCCCGGGUUCGUUUAGCAAGAUUGAACGGUGAAUUUUUCAACCUCUUCUUUUAACAAAUAUUCUGAAAAACGAAAUGAAAAACAAAUAGGACCUACGUUGUGGAAACUUACUCAAUUUUACUUACUGGACAUGCGCCCGACAUAGCAAAAUUAGGGAAAUUUGAAGGAAGUUGUAAUAUGUAAAAUAAAUGAAAAAUUUGAGUAUUAAAGUGAAUCGUACCGUUCUCGACGUGGAACUAACGAGGGGAAAGAGCACGGUAGAGAAACCCUUGAUCCAACAUUUCUCAUAAAUCAAAACAUACUGUGUCAUUUAAAUAAAUAAUUGUGAGUCAAUAAUCAAUAAAAGUUCAAAUUAGGUACCGUCUCUGUCCUUUUGCUAAAAUUUCAAUUCCACAAACUACAUUCGAUCAACACUACCUAUAUUCAAUACUGAAGAGUUUUUAGUUAGUUAGCCAGUUUCACCAGCAGGUACUGAGGUCCCGUACGGGAUGCUACUCUGCUAUAGUUGUUAUUUUGAGCCAAUAUCUCUUUGCUUUGUUUGCUAGGAUAUUCGCUCGUCAGGGUAGGAAAAUCUGAGUAGAUACAACAAGGCCCUAAUGCACGUUCUGAAUACCCAAAUUAAAAUCCCAGCACAAAAGACAGCACACAAUUUCUUUGGUUUUAAUUAACUUUUUAUCUGUUUUGUUCACAGCAUGAAAUGAUUUUUGUUAAAUACAUGAACAAUGCACAUGCUAUAAAAAAUAUUAUAAACAAACAAAAAACAUUAAAAUGAAAAAAAUAAUACUUGCAUAAAUUGAACUCUCAAAAAACAAAAUAACAUUUAUUCAACUGACCUGUGAUCGCUCCUUAUGACACACAAACUAAUCACAAAUUGAAAUGAACAGUCAGUUUAAUACACAUAAAAAUUGAAUAAUGAACAAUGGAGGACAAGCUCAAGCUUGUUCGCUCUGGUCUCGUCUCUCAUUCUCUUCUAUCUCCCUUUUUCGUACGUUCCUUGUGGCGCGUCUUCGUUCAACUCUAAACUUCACAGCGCAGACAUGGUUGCAAAUUUACCAUUUUUUCUAUAGUAGACGUUUUUUAAAAAGUUAAGAUUCAAAGAAAUAAUACUUUAAAUAAGUGGAUUUCCUCUGUUUUUAUUUUCGAGCUGUCGCAUAUCGGUGAAAGUGCGAUUAGCCAUAACCUAAUAAUAAUAAAAACCCCUAUAUUUGGUACUAUUUUGUUAUGAACUUAGAUGACCUAGUGCUCAUCAGAACAGCGAUCCCAAAAAAAUCAAUGAGAAUAGAAGUACAAGUAUCAUAUCUUGAAAUAUGGCAGAAGUUCUAAGUUUCAUACGACAGGUAGGUACUUCAUCAAGGCUGCCUCCAUUGCGAGAAAGGCUUAAAAGGCUGGCAGAAUUUUGACAUGUUUUCUUAUUAUAUACCUAAGAUGACUAUGGCUCUUGAAAUUGAAUUUCCAUCCAGAUCAAAAAUCUGGAUUAGGCGUGUCAAAUAAGGUAGUUAGACUUGCAAUAAUUGAAUGCAAUUUUGUUUCACUAAUAAACCGAAAAACACAAAGUGACCUUAUCAAUAUUUUAUAACAAAUUUUGCACUUGGAUGUAUCAAGGAACCAAAAAAUAACAAACUACCUAAUAUUUAAUAUAACCAUAUUUUUGGUGAAUCUUGCAUGUACAUAUUUUAUUGCUUACCUUUCCAGUGAGCUUUUGUAGGGUGUUUCAACCUUUUUAAGCUUAUAUUGGAUUAUGAAUAAUAUACCCAAGAAAAUGUAAACGAUUUUUGUAAAAUAAUUUGAAUAGUAUGUUGUUUACUAAUUGAAUUUGAAACCUGAUUUGGAAAUAAUAGGUACCUAUCUAAUUAACAUAACCACAAAUUAAUAUUAAAAAAUAUUGAGUCAAAAUCCAUGCCAAUUGAUAUAUUUUAAAUAAUUUCUCUAUAUUUGUGUAUAUUAAAUCUACAUUCAAAUGAAAGAUAGUACAGUAGAAUAAGGAAGUUUUAAGUUUGACAUUAAAUUAUUUGCAGUGUAGUGAUUGGUAUGUAAGCUAUUCACAAAGUGCCAUCUAAUUAUUUUUUUAGUAAUUUAAUCUUUAGCUUGAAUGUGAAGAAAAUGCCUAAUUAUCGUAGCUUAGUUGUUAUGGAAGACAAAAUUGAAUUAUUACGAUUAACAAAUGGAGUUUUAAAUUUUUAAAAAUUUCGCAUGUGCCUUCUUACAAAUAUCUAUACUUAAAUAACACUUGAUUACUUUUUUGCUAAUGAUUACUGUACUAUCUUCACUUUGUGGAAGUAGACUAGUUCUAUUUUUUUUUCUAGUUUUGUUUUUUCUAUUUUCUAAGACUUGUGAUUUGUAGGGUUUAGUUUUUUGUAUUUUUUUAAUUCGUAGUAUUUAAGUUUAAACGUUUAAACGAUACUCGGUGUCCAUAUCAUUAAAAGUCAAAUAAAAUAAUAAUAAUAAUUACAAAAUAUUUAUAGUUUUUUUUUACUCCUCAUGAUAUUUCCAAGGUUUCUCAUUUCAACAUCGCAAAGACAUUCGAGUUCAUC